UAUGUAUAAAGGCGACAGUACAUCACGAUCGACUAAACUGGCUAGUGACUGACAGUCCCUCGGUGCAUAAAGAUCAACUACAGUUCGUGGAUCAAUCAUAAAAGUUUCAUUUCGCACAAAAAGCCUCAGUCUACUUAUCAACAUUGAUGACCUACAAGAAGUAGUUGCAAUUCUAUCUGUAAGAACAGUAAUAGUGACCAAGGGAUCUAUUCCACGGAGACAAUGUAUCAGUAUUAAACUCACUUCCUGUGACUCGUGAAUAAUUUAUUACGAUUGAAACCGCGAAUUUAGUGCAUUUAAAGUGGCGACGUUUUAUCAAGCAACUGCAAAUUAUUAACAAUUUAAUAGAUUCCUCAACUGAAUUAAAAGAGGAUCAAAGAUGAAAUUGGUGUCCAUACUAUUUGUUUGCGCGGUGUUCGCGACGAGUGACGGAUACCGUAUCCUAGGCGUGUUUCCCUUCAGUGGGAAAAGUCAUUUUAUGAUGUUCGAGCAUCUGAUGAAGGCCCUUGCGAGGAAGGGCCACCAGGUCGACGUGAUCAGCACGUUCCCGUUAAAAAAACCGUAUCCGAAUUACAACGACCUGAUUGUGUUACCCACUACGAGGGAUUUCAUGAAUAAUAUGACUUACGACGAGAUGCACAACAUGAUCAGGGCGUCGACGAGCUGGGCUGUAGCUACCAUAGCAGGAAACGAUUUUUGCGAAAACUUGAAAUAUCCGGAGUUUCAAGAAUUUAUACGCAACCCGCCGAAAGACCCACCUUAUGACGUCGUCAUUAUGGAG